UGAUACUGACUGAGUUAGGGCAUGAUAGGAAUGAAAGAGUGGAGAAGACAGGAAAGGAAUGGAUGGUGUUGUUGCUGGGACUGGGUAGAGAGGCCAAUGAAAGGAUGAUUGAGGCGGUGAAAGAGUUUCUGGAGAGAAUGUGGCGUGCCAGGUGUAUGAACAAUUAGGAUAGAGGAUGCUGUUCGUUUCUCUUUUUUUUUUUUCCCCCUUUCUACAGGAGUUGCCGAUCCAAAGGCCUGGCUCAGGAGUGAUCCUGUGCCACCUGUACCAUCAAGAUCAAGAUCAAGAUAACAAUGGGCCCCCUCCGCUCCGAGUGUGUACAAGUGGCUUUGCUUUGCUCUCUGAGUUUUCUCUGAGUUUUGUGGUUUGUUUCUCUUGCCUGUGUGCUGAAAUACCCUGAAAAUGGUGAUGAGCGCGUGUGGUUCAUGCGAGGAGAGUGUGGCGAACAGGCAAAGGGCUGUGGCAUGCGAGAGAUGCAUGGCCUGGUUCCAUGUAGCCUGUGUGGGCAUGAGGGAGGCCAACAUGAAGGCGCUGGGGUUCGAGCUUCUGGUGUUCCUCUGCAGGGAAUGCCUGAGCAAGAGCCUCAAUGAAUGGAGGAACCAGGAUGAAGAAAAAGAAGAGAGAGUGGAGCAGAGCACCCAGACAGAAAACCUGAUGAAAGAGGCAGAAGCACAGACGACGAAGACUGAAGAGAGAAAAGACCGGCAAGAAGUGGUGGAAGUGGCCAGAACAGACAGACGCCCAAGGAAGAAGAGAAUGGUAGUCAAGAAAGCCCCAGUACGUGUCAUUGGAGACAGCAUGGUAAGGAAGACUCCCGACUUUGUGAGAAGGGAAAUUGAGUGCACCAGCAUGGGAGGUGCUAAGAUCCAAGACGUCAAGAGGAAAGUCAAGCAAGAAGUGCAAGAAAUGGAAGAGAGAAGCCUGCUAGUUGUCCAAGGAGGAGGCAACAACUUAGUAGAGGCAGGUGCUGAAGACACAGUAAAGGAAGUGAUAGAAGCAGUGAGGGCAGCAGAAGAGAAGAUGUGUGUGGCUGUGGUGGGGGUCCUGCAGCGCCCACGGGAAGGAGUGCAGCAUGAGAGGGUCAGAAGAGAAACGAACCGCAAGAUAUGCAUGGAACUCAUGAAGGUCAAGAUGGAAUGGAUGACAGAGAAGAAGGGCAACAUGAGCUUCCUGGACAUGGAUGGGAUCCUCGACCAGGACAAAUUCUUCGGGAGAGACGGGGUCCACCUCAACCACAACGUGAAUGAGAGGCGAGGACGUCGACUGGCCGAGUGGAUGAAGGCGAGGCAGGUGUGUUGUGUGGACGACGCAUGAUGAGGAGGACCCACUGAUGUCAGCAAACAUGAAAGAAAAGAGACUAACCAGGCACCGAGAGAGGACUGGAACGGGUGGAGCCUAUUUUGAAGUUCCACGUGGGAUCAACUCUCCUCCACUGGGCGGCAUCGAAGGGUUACGAUGACCUGGUGGUUGACCUCCUUGUUCGGGGCUUGUCUGUG